GUACACCUACAUAAAUCAUCGCCAUCCACUAGGCUUUACUCACACCUACAAGCUUAGAGCCAAGAACGCCAAGAAGCAUCGCAGUUCGCAAUCGGUCACGCAAGAACUAGCUAGGAGAGGAAGGCAUCGACCGAGCGAUGGCGGCGCCGAGGAGCGUGAGCGUGGCGGACCGGGCGCUCCGCGGGGUGGCGGACCUGAUCAAGCUGCUCCCCAGCGGCACGGUGUUCCUGUUCCAGUUCCUGACACCGCUCGUCACCAACAACGGCCACUGCACGGUCUUCAACAAGGUCCUCAGCGGCGCGCUCGUCGCGCUCUGCGGCGCCUUCUGUGCCUUCUCCUCCUUCACCGACAGCUAUGUGGGCUCCGACGGCCGCGUCUACUACGGCGUCGUCACGCGCCGCGGGAUCCGCACGUUCGCGUCCGACCCGGACGCGGCCUCACGGGACCUGUCGGCGUACCGCCUCCGCGCGGCGGACUUCGUGCACGCGGGGCUGUCGCUGCUGGUGUUCGCCACCAUCGCGCUGCUGGACACGGACACCGUGUCGUGCCUGUACCCGGCGCUGGAGGUGAGCGAGCGCACCAUGAUGGCCGUGCUGCCGCCGGUCGUCGGCGGCGUCGCGGGGUACGUGUUCAUGAUGUUCCCCAACAACCGGCACGGCAUCGGGUACCAGCCCGCGCGCGCCACCGAGGACUUCGAGCACAAGUACGAGCCCAACCAGGCGUGAUGGGUCGUUGUUUGGGUCUCAAACAGUCAAGCCUCGAGUCAAGUAUGGUCUGUGGAAAGUGUCGGCAUGACGUGUCGUUUUGCUUUGUUAUUUGAAUUUAAGUUUGUUCUGCCACCUGUGGGGCGAUUGAUUGGCUUUGCCGGCCAGCAAGCACCUCCUUUUAGCUUGUAAUCGUCAAUGCAUUCUUGUCCAAAGAUUAAGCUUACCUUUUCUCCCGGACUUCGAGUUGAUUAUCUGACGUGGCGAAUCAACGCCACAAGUCACACAAAGUAGUCUUAUGUUUGCCACAUGGGCACAUGGUAGGUCCACUAAGAUUUUGCUGUGGCCAAU